GAAAUCCAAAAACCGGAAGUAUCUUGAGAAAUGUCAGGUGAUUGAAAGAUGGAAAGACAGCUUGAAAAACAUCUUGAAGAAACAUGCCGUGUCCCAGGUAUAAGUGGGGCCCUGUGUGCUGAUAACAAUGGACUCUGUUUAGCAGCUCGUGGUUGCAAACCAGAACUAGCAGGACAAGUGGCCAGUAUUGUCCGCCAAGCAGCUCAGCUUCAUCCAAAUUCCUCCACAUCACCAGUUGUCUGUAUUGAAUCAGAGGGAGGGAGUGUUUUAAUUAAAUCUGAGGGUGAUGUCACUAUGGCUGUGUUCAAAAAUCCAUUAUAGCAACAAACUCCUAUCAUGUCAACAUGAACUCUAUUACAUAUUUUGAUUGUAAAUAUUCUUCCUUGUGUAUGUAACAUGCUAAGUAAUAAAUGAAAUACUCUGCAGAGAUGCUCUGUAAACAUGUCUUAGAGAUACGACUUGAAAACUGUAUAUUCAAGAGCUAGCAUUUAUCAUAAUUUGGAAUCCACUCAUAUCCAUUGCCUGAGGAGAUACAUGUAAUGGUUAAUGAAAAUAAAAAUGAUUUUAAGUUAAUUCUA